GGGUAUGAACUCGGGUUAUUGCGAAAUGAUAGAUUUGGAAAACGAUCCCACUGGCACCAUACCCUGCGAGUUUGGAUACAGUUACAACAAAACGGUGUUUUCUAGAACAAUCGUUUCAGAAUGGGACUUAAUUUGUGGACAUGAGCGUUUGAUAGAUUUAACCCAAGUUACACUCAUGUUGGGUGUUUUAAUAGGGAACAUUGUUUUCGGCGUCAUGGCUGAUAAGAAAGGUAGAAAAAAGGUACUUACAAUUUGUAUUUGGAUGCAGUCACUGCUGGCCGUCGUGGCAUCGUUCUGGCCAUGGUUCUGGGGUUUCGUUCUCAUCAGAUUUUUCCUUGGUAUCGCCAAUGGAGGAACUAUGGUUACAUCUUUCGUGUUGUGCAUGGAAGUCGUUGGAGGUAGAUGGAGAACCAUAGUACCCAUUCUGUACCAAAUACCUUUUGGAUUUGGUAACUCGAUAAUGUCAGGCCUGGCCUAUCUUCUAAGGGAUUGGAGAGAAUUUCAUCUAGCACUUUCUUUCUUGAUCAGUGCAUUUAUAGUUUAUACAUGGUGUUUACCGGAGUCACCAAGAUGGCUGUUGGUUCUUGGGAGAAAAGAAGAAGCAAUUGAAGUACUUAAGAAAGCCGCAACCGAAAAUAAAAUUGAUGAUGAGACAUUUCAAAUUGCUCUGACUGGAUUAUCCAAUGUUGAUCCUACUGAUAAUAAAACACCUUGUCUCUCUGCUUUGUUCAGUACGAGACAACUGAAGAAAAGAAGUUUUCUGUUAUAUUUGAACUGGACUAUAUGUGGAAUAACUUUCUACGCCUUUUCACAAUACUUGGGACAUGUUGGAAGCAACAUAUUCUUGACUGUCGGUGUUAGCGGUUUCAUCGCCUUACCUGGUACCGUUCUUUGCGUUGUUCUCGUGGGAACAUUUGGGAGACGAUGGACUAUUUGCUCAGCAUAUUUAACUUGUGCUGUUUGUUUUUUGGCGAUUAUAUUCAUGCCAAAAAACGUGUUUCUUCAUGAUUGGCCACGGGUUUUUCUGGCAGCAGUUGGGAUCGUAGGUAUGUCGAUAUCAAUGCCUGCCCUCUAUCUCUUCACCAGCGAACUCUAUCCCACCAUUCUAAGGAACGCAGGUGUUGGCGUCUGCAUUAUGUUCUCCAGAAUUGGCUCCAUGUUGGCUCCUCUCGUCAUAGCUCUUGAAGAUAUCGGACCCUCAGUUCCAUUGAUAAUACUGACCAUAGCAGCACUAGCUGAAGCACUUCUGAUUCUACUAUUGCCUGAGACUGCUGGGUCGAUUUUGCCAGAAACAGUCAAAGAUUUGGAUCGCCAAACUGAUAAAGAUUUCGGGGGUUACAUAACUGUUCCUAGUAAAAAUUCAGAAGAAAACGGUUCACCUUGAAGUUUUAUCUUGUGCAUAAAUAGUUAGUUAACUUUGAUUGACAAAGUGCAUUUAUAAUAAUCAUAAUUAUAAUUUCAAAUGAUUAAUAGAUACGUGUAAUUGAGAAUACAAAUAUUCAAAAGUGGAGAAUAAACAUAAACUGAUGAAA